UAUUUUUCCUGAGUAUAUGUUUUGGGAAAUUUAAGGCCACUAAGUAGAUCUAAAGAGAGAUGAGAUUGCCAAGUUUCAAAAGGGCAGGAACAAUCCUUGGCCUCACACCAAUGAAUGACAAACUGUUUAAUGGAAUGGGAGGAGUAAAAGUGGUGUCCCAUGCAAAAACAAAACAAAACAAAACAAAAAAACUAGACCCAGAACAGAUAUAAAAACGGAGGAGCUGAGGAGUGGAGCCACUGUCAGGGAGAGGCUUGCUUCCAGUAGCUGUGGGGGCAACGGUGCUAGCUAUCUCCUGCCAACAUGAAGCUGCUGUUGCUGUGUCUGGGACUGAUUCUAGUCCGUGCCCACGAGGAAGAAAACGAUGUUGUGAAAGGAAACUUCGAUAUUUCAGAGAUUUCGGGAGAUUGGUAUUCCAUUCUCUUGGCCUCAGAUAUCAAGGAAAAGAUAGAAGAAAAUGGCAGCAUGAGGGUUUUUGUGAACGACAUUGAAGUCCUGAGCAACUCGUCUCUGAUCUUUACAAUGCAUACAAAAGUGAAUGGAAAGUGUACUAAAAUUUCUCUGAUUUGUAACAAAACAGAAAAGGAUGGUGAAUAUGAUGUUGUGUAUGAUGGAUACAAUUUAUUUAGAAUAAUUGAAACAGACUAUGAGGACUAUAUUAUAUUUCAUCUUGUUAAUACCAACCAGGAACAGGCCUUCCAACUGAUGGAGCUCUAUGCCCGAAAACCAGAUGUGAGUCCAAAGGUCAAGGAAAAGUUUGUGAGAUAUUGCCAAGGAAUGGAAAUUCCUAAGGAAAACAUACUUGACCUGACCCAAGUUGAUCGCUGUCUCCAGGCCCGACAGAGCGAAGCAGCCCAGGUCUCCAGUGCUGAGUGAAUGCUUCCUCGUUUGGGCUCCAGGAUCUUCCCUUCCAUGGCCCCACGCCAUCCAGUAACAGUUCUUACCUGACUUCCAUCAUUAUCACUUAUGAAAACAUUAUCUCUGUCUGCAUCUUCAGGAUCUUUCCUAAUUGUCUAGGAAAACUCAUCAACCAACCAAGAAUGAAAGAUUUUCUACAAAUUUUUGAAUCUCCUUGUCAUAACGCAGGAGAACCCCACCAUGAAUAAGAUUUUCCUCUACCUGGUCAAUAAAUGAUUAGCCCUGCAGUCCUGUGGUUUGUCUUUGUGUAUAUGAGAGAUACGGGGCCCCCAACAAGUUAAGGAAUGGGGGGGGACCUCCUUGGCUCU